AUGAAAACGAAACCAGAGACAAGGAUGGACAAACUUUUGAGCACGGCCAUUGAAAUUGGUUUGAAGAAAGAUGAAUUCGAUAUCUUUACGCCUAACUCUGCUUCCCACCUCUGCUCCUUAACCGGGAUGCAGAACUCCCCUCACAUAACGAAUAAUCCAGACAAGAGUGCGAAGUACCAAGUAAAAACUAAACCUCUUCGACUUGCAGAGCCUACUCUCAAACCAUAUUCUAUGAGAAGUGCAGAAAGCCAUUGA